AGUCGGGGACGCCGGGCCGAGGCUUUUGCUAGGGAACCGGCUGUUGUCGCCCCGCCCCCCCCCCAGGGCUUUUUGUCCCGUUAACUGUCGGAGUGGCGAGGUCUGCAGCGCCGGGCGACAUGCCGGUGCGCUUCAAGGGGCUCAGUGAAUACCAGAGAAACUUCUUGUGGAAAAAGUCGUAUUUGUCAGAGUCCUAUAAUCCCUCAGUGGGGCGAAGGUAUCCAUGGGCUGGGCUUAGAUCAGAUCAAUUAGGGAUCAUGAAAGAGCCAAGUUUUAUUUCAAAAAGAAGAGUCCCUUAUCAUGACACGCAGAUUUCAAAAUCUCUUGAGUGGAAUGGAACUAUCUCAGGGAAUGAUGUGGUUGUAUCACCAGAACCUGGAGCCCCAGAAACACCAGAAGCACAAGAGGCAGAACUAAAAGAUGUUAACCAAGAAAGAGUUCUUACACUAGAAGCCUCCAGGGUUCCCAAGAGAAGCAGAUCUCACUCUGUAGACUCCAAAGCCGAAGGGGCUUCAGAUAUUGUGGGAAAUUAUGAAGAUGUAAUAGCAAACCAUAUGCCAGUUAAUAAUAAAAAUGUGGAACUGGAAAAUUCUACCAAGCUUCUUCCAGAAGAUGCAGAUAAUGGGUUGGAUAGAGUUCUGCGGAAGAAAGCUGGAUUAACUGUUGUUCCUUCACAUAAUAUCUUGAGAAAUUCUGAAUAUCAAAGGCAGUUUGUUUGGAAGACCCCUAAAGAAACUGCUCCAGUUUUUGCAGCCAAUCAGGUCUUCCACAAUAAAAGCAAAUUUGUUCCACAAUUCAAAGGUAACUCAAUCAUCCAUGAAACUGAAUACAAAAGAAAUUUCAAGGGUUUAUCUCCGGUGAAAGAACCAAAAUUAAGAAAUGAUUUGAAAGAGAAUGGAAAUUUUGAAACAUCUCCUGAAAAGAAGUGUAAUAAAACAGAUGACCCUUUAAAACUAGAAGCAGAGAUGCAAGCAAAAGACUCAAACCAGCCUAAAAAGAAGCUUACUCCUUGGAGACAUCAAAGGCUUGGGAAAGUGAAUUCUGAAUACAGAGCAAAAUUUCUGAGCCCAGACCAGUAUUUAUAUAAAGCUGGGGCUUGGACACGUGUGAAGGAAAAUGUACCAAAUCAGGGUUCUCUAAAUGCCAUGUGGUAUGCGGAGGUUAAAGAACUCCGAGAGAAGGCUGAGUUUUAUAGGAAACGAGUUCAGGGAACACAUUUUUCUCGGGACCACCUGAAUCAGAUUCUGUCUGAUAAUAACUGCUGUUGGGAUGUCUCCUCUACCACAAGCUCGGAAGGAACCAUUAGUAGCAACAUUAGAGCUCUAGAUCUUGCUGGAGAUCCUACAAGCCAUAAAACUUUGCACAAAUGUCCUCCUACAAAACAAGAGGACCAAAGGCCUAUCUUGGAAGAGCAGCCCCGGAAGAGUACCACGGAGAAACUGGGCGUGUCAGAUGCACCCCCCACACCUGUUAGAAGGCGUCUGGCUUGGGACGUGGAGAACACCAAUGAAGACGUGGAGAAACAGCCAGGAGAGGAGGAGGAGGAGGGAAGGGAGAGGGACAAGCAGGUUUAUACAGAAGAGCUAGAGAAGCUGGAAGUACAGGAGAAGUCUAAGGCAGACAAGAUUAAAGAAGGGUCGGAUUCUUCUUCUGUAUCUUCAGGAAAAGGAGGCAGGCUUCCUACUCCGAAGCUGAGAGAACUGGGUGGAAUCCAACGGACUCAUCAUGAUCUCACCACUCCAGCUGUUGGUGGCGCUGUGUUAGUGUCUCCAUCUAAAGUGAAGCCGUCAAUCCCAGAACAGAGGAAAAGAGCAUCCUGUCAGGAUAGCUUAGGAACUGUGAAGAAUGAUCUUAGGAAGAAAGAAAGUCAUGCUAUAUCCCUUCUGACUUCUCCACCUGCUGGUAUAAAAACAGUUGAUCCCCUGCCUUUGAGGGAAGAUUUUGAAAUCAAUAUCCCUAAAUUUGCUGAGGCAACGCUUCCAGUUUCAAAAAUUCCAGAAUAUCCGACAAACACACCUGGGCAGUCUCCUCUACCCUGUGCUCCGUCCUACUGGCAUCCUUCUCGUCGAAUUCAGGGCUCUCUGAAAGAUCCAGAAUUCCAGCAUAAUGUGGGAAAAACACGGAUGAACGAUUUCCAGUUGCUUCAGCAUGAAGCCUUUAAUGAUGAAGAUGAGGACAGAUUAUCUGAGAUUUCUGCACGUUCUGCAGCUUCUAGUCUUCAGGCUUUUCAAACUCUGGCACGAGCUCAGAAAAGGAAGGACAAUUUCUGGGGCAAAACAUGAUUAAAUGUACUUCAAGUUGAGUUGCUUUUGUCUAGAGAACCACUGGUGUUAAUUUCCUUUAUUGCUUUACUUUAAGGCUCUUCAAGUGUCUGGAUUUUUUGUUUUCUGAUGUUUCCUACUUAAAAAAAACUGCUUGACUUUUCAAUAGCCAAUUCAGUUCACUUGGCAAAAUUUUAACACAGAUUCAAAAAAUUUAACUUAAAGAAUUUUUUUCACACUGAUCCCUAAGUACAAAGAGAUAGAUUAUAUAGUUCUUCCCAUGUUCUAACUUUUGUCCGAGGUGCCAGGAAUAGCUGGUAGAACUGUGGAUUUCACCUAUCCAGAAAACAUGCUAAAAGAUGAAUAAAAUGAAAUAAAAAUUAAGAUUUAAGUGUGAAGUAUAUUUACUGCAAAGAUUGGUUAUAUGUAUCUUCAUAAUAGUAGCUGUCAUAAAAUGAAUUUGUUGUUUCUUUAACUUUUGCUAUGUGUUGCUUUUUAUUUUGGUCACUUUCUGUGUGUGGUUUCAGUGUUAAUUGUAUUUUAGACUGAAAAUACUAGCUGUAUAUAUUUUUAUUAUAUAUGUAACAAUUUGCUGAGAGACUGUAUAUUUUUGAUCUUUGUGUGUAUUUGUAUAAGGACUUUGGCUUAUAUUUGAAUAGUGUCUGAAUUUUGAAAAACUAUUUGUAUAAUAGAGAAUUAAAACUAGCAUUUUGAAAUAAAAAGUGAUCAAGGGUUUCAGUUCUGUUUCAAGUGUUACAAGUAUUUGGCUUCUCUAGAAAGUUAUUAUUUGGAACAAGUUAUUAUCUUCUAGAAACAGUCUACUCGUAAUAGAUUAGUCAAAUAUUAUACUUCUGCA